AAUCCCUGUCCUCGGCUAUCAAAACCAAAACAAAUCAAAUCAGCCCAGAAAAAGUGAUAUCAUUUUCCAAUCUCUGUUGCGGAUCGAUUCUGUCUAGACACUUCCGGCACGUCGCCUCCACAUUCACAUCUUCGUAGUGGCUUUCCCAAGCAGCACCGGUCGCGAUUCGUUUGAUGAGUUCACUAAAAUACUGGCUCCUGCUUGCGGUUCGCCUUUUUACGCACUUUUUCAUUUGACAAUUUAACCGGAUCGGUCAGCUCAGCCUGCAAAGUGCCUCGUCCUCCUCUUCCACGUCGACUUCCGGUAGCAAUCGAAGCAUCGCGGUCGGUGAAGUUACGUCGGGUGCGGUUCCGGUUUGCGUGGUUGUUGGUGAGAGUGAACGCGUUGUUCACGGGAAGCGGGUUGAAAUCAUGCUGGAUCUGGAUGGAAGACCCGUUCCGGACCAGAUCGGAUAUCUGGUCAUGUCGGAGGAUGGGGCUGUGUUGGCUUCUGGAGGGGAGCUGGAAAACGACGAGCGGAGUGCGAACAUUAUCAGCGGGUUGCUGUCGUUGACGGAGAGCGUCGACCCGGAAGUGUUCAAGAAGCGCUCUUGCCAGAAGAUUUCAAUCGCGUACGAAGAGCACAGCUACACGAUCUGCAUGUCCAACAAGCGAAUCUACGUCGUUAAACGGCGCAACACCCCGAACGGAAUCGAUGUCGACGGAGGUCGAGCGGUUCUGGCCUAAACUAAAAAUCAUGAGAAUUUCGGAAUAAAUCGGCGUCUUCGCGUGUAAGUUAGUUUAAA